AUGCCUUUCACCUCGCAUAUAUCCGAUGUCUUGCUCGCUAAUUACUUCCGUCUGUUACUCAGGUCCUGGUUUCAUGCCACCAACGCAAGCCCCACUUCGUUGAUCCUACCGUCUUUCCUAGGUCCACCAUUAGUGUUCGCAAGUUCAGUUCAGUCCGGUUUUUUGCCCCCAAAACGCGCAACCGCGGACCGCAACCGGUCUAGGACUGACCCAGAUAUUGAGGGAACCGAACCGAACCACCUAGGACCGGUCUAUUUCGGUCUAUGGAGCCGGUUCAGACCGAUCCAGACCGGUUUUUUUGCGUAUAAUUUAUUAUACCAAUAUAAACCAUUUGUAUCUUGACUAUUAUUACUCUGAAAAAUAAACGGGUUAUAUGAAAUAGUAAAGCAUGUAAAUACCCAUUAUUCUACCAAUUUUGAAGAGAUUUAAUGAAUAUUUGACAUA